AUGAAGAUUUACGCCAGCGGCGAGCAAUUGCAAACAAAUGCCGCCAAGAACGCUCAGCUGAUCUUUGACUCGAUCAAUAAUCACAGUAAAAGCCUCAGGCAUCUCAAUCUCGAGAUCCACGGUAAUCCGGAGACUAGUUAUGCCGAAUUCCAAGCACAUGAAAACAUUGCAACUUUUCUUGAGAACAACGGCGCUGCGGUCACUCGUCAUGCCUUUGGGCUGCAAACUUCCUUUUUAGCAGAGUAUGGUAAAGGAGGUCGUGUUGUCACUUUCUGUGCAGAAUAUGACGCCCUACCUGAUAUCGGACACGGGUGUGGACACAAUCUGAUUGCGGUUUCGUCGAUUGCAGCUUUUCUCGGCAUUGUUGCAGUUCUCCAAAAGUUCCCCUUAGCUGGCAGGGUCCGACUCGUUGGCUGUCCUGCCGAAGAAGGUGGGGGAGGUAAGAUCGAUCUGAUCCGCGCCGGCGCUUUUGCAGAGGUUGACGCCGCCUUGAUGAUGCAUCCUACACCACCGGUUAACCAGUUCUUAACCGAGGUGGCAGGAAUAUCAUACGGGACCUGUCUUUCUACCUGCGCAUUUGAGGCCACCUUUUCAGGAAAGGCCGCGCAUGCAGCAGCAAUGCCGUGGGAUGGGAUCAAUGCUCUUGAUGCGGCGACGCUCUCAUAUGCUGCAGUUGGAAUGCUUAGGCAACACAUCAAGCCUAGCGACCGCAUCAAUAUCAUCAUGCCAGAAGGUGGCAUAGCCCAAAAUAUCAUCCCAGAUAAAAGUCGAGUGGGUUACAAUGUGCGCUCUGAAAAAGUAAGCGACAUGGAAGCAUUGAGAGUCAGGGUUGAGAACUGUUUCAAAGGAGCAGCUACUGCCACUGGAUGCACCCUGGACCUAAAAAGGGUAAUGGAGACCUAUAAGGAAAUCCGACCCAAUGAGGCGUUGUGUACAGAGUUUUCUCGCUAUAUGAAAGGACUUGGUCAAGAUUUCGUCUGCGAUCUACAGCGCAGAUACCUCAGUGCGUUUAGCACAGACAUGGGUAAUGUGAGCUACGAGGUUCCAUCUUUCCACGGCAAUUUCAGCAUUCCUGUUGAGUCUGGUGCCGCGCUACACACCGAAAGCUUCAAAGAUGCAGCCGAAACCACUGCAGCUCAUGAUCUGGCUAUGGGCGUUGCAAAGGGAAUGGCAGCUGCAGGACUGAAAGUUAUUAUUGAUGAUUUGUUUGCGAAACAGGUCAAAGAUGACUUUGAGCAAGAUAAAAUGUUGAGAUAG